AUGAAAGGACACGUCAAGCAUGCGUUCGAUGCCGGCGGCAAAAACUUCGGUGUGAUAAUCACCGCCCUUGCUCUCUUUGUUGCCGGACGGGCGUUGAAUGUGAAGAGACUGCUGGACGUCCGAGUUGUCGACAUAUUACCGAGGCUCGAGUUAGGGAAUCCUGAGCCUGGCCUUUUACAGAGCCAACAGCCGGUCACUGCUAGCAACGAUGUCCGACCAAUUCCGGCUGCUUCAAUGGGCACUCCUGAAGAGGCCAGCCAGUCAUCGUCUCCGUUCAAUGAACGCACUUCUACCGUCAACUUGAUGGAGCAGGUAUUCCGAAAACACAAUGCGGCUUCUGCGGCUGGCGAUAUUGUCGAUGCAUUGCCAGACAGCAGGCCGGAGCACAGCAAUCACACUACCCUGGCGGGUAGUUACGCCCCUGUGCAGCAACUCAUCGGCCUUGCCCUGCCGCCUGGACCCGUUGUCAGCGUUCUUCUAUCCUCCUACCUCAAGAAUUACCACUGGCAUGUCAUGAUCUUCCAUGCACCAACACUGAUCAAAGAGCUUCAGCCCAUCUUGGACCAUGGAGUUGUUUUAAAAGACCGGUUGACUUUUCUCCUGCUUGUUCUCAUCAUUUUGACUAUUGGGGCCCGUCUUGAUGAAACCACCCUCGAGUCUAUCACCUUUACACUACUUGUUGCCUCUUACUCAUUGUAUAAUCGAAAACCGAGGCGGGCUUUCAAACUAAUACAGGCGGCCAUUAGGGACGCGCAAGCAAUCGGUCUCGACCGAGAGUCGACAUGGCCGUCCGACGAGUCCGAAGUCUUAAGAGAGCACCGCUUGCCUCUCCUCAACGGGUCAAGUCGCUUCGAGUCCUUUGAAGUACGAGAGAACGAAACACCUGAGCCUGUCACGAUCCUAUCAUAUCAUCGGUACAAGGUCCGCCUCUACCAGAUUGCCGAACCUAUAACUCGAAGUGUGUACAUACACAAGCGUGCGGGCAUACAUGAUGUCGUCAAACAGGUCCAACAAAUUCAUCAAAGGCUUGUCGAGUGGCAGAAAGGUCUUCCACCAGAGUUGGGACUGGAAUCCCUCACCAUCGUGGACAUCGACCCCGAGAAAGCAGCAACAUUCGACAUCUUUAGACUCCAGGCCCUGGCCCUCCAGUUAUCGUACGACAACAUGCAGCUGGUUCUCCACCGGUCACUGAUCGCCCACGAUGACUCUCGAGAUCAUGCCGAUCCGUUCGCAGAAGGUUACGCCGGACGGAAUAAUGGUGACAAGGUUGAUAUUGGCGGCCUCACUGCCACGGUGAUCCGAACCAGCAGGAAUCAGUGUUGGGAGUCUGCAAUGCGGACGUCUCUCCUCGCUCAACACCCAGAAGUGCUCGAACUGGUUCGGACGACACCCGUUGCAGCGUACCUAGCUAUGCAAGCACUUACGGCUGGCGUAAUGCUUGGAAUCUUCUCACUGUCGAACCCAUGCUCGGACCGGGCUCAAAAGGCUAAACUUGGCAUUAGUCGACUGAUACAGAUGCCGGCAACGGUUGGCUUCCGUGAUGCUGCUUGGCAGCAAUGUGCAAACAUUCUCGAGAACCUCCUCCGCUUGAUCUUGUCCGAAGAGAUGGAAGUGUUGGUCUCAGGAAAACGACAUAGCCGAGGCGCAGUCCAAGGCAUUUCCAGUUCUGGAGGAAUUGAAAUUGAUCAGCACAGUCGAAAUGACCCAGCAUCUACACGACUCUCCUCGAGCAUCAGGGAUUUACAAGACCUUGAAACUCCUCCUCCAGCGCCAGCCCACUCAACAACAUCUCAAAUCCCUGUAGACGCCAUCGUCGCCGCUUACGGACAGGGCCCCACCGGACAAAGUGCCGAACAGCAUGACCUCGUUAUGCCAUCCCCACACCCUCCCGGCGCACAGUCGAUUCUCAGUCCGUCAGGCAAUUUCGGCAGUGCUUUGACAUCUUUGCAAAGCAUGUUCCGCGAGGGUGUGCCGAAUAUCGGCUUUGCUGGACAGGAAGUCAUACAUCCAGAAGCCUUCACGCAGCAGUCAAACGCACUCGACCACAACGCUCAGCAGUAUCUUGCAGUCGACCCAGCGCCACUGGACAAUCAGCUCGUGUCUGGCUUCGAAGUAUUCAGCAAUCCCUUCACGUCGUUUGAGGAUGCAGGUCAAUCGUGGCUGUGGAGCAACGAUUAUAAUUUCUUCUGA